GCCAUUUCGGAAUACCCUAAGGAUAUUAUGACGUUAAAGCCAUUUCUUUGUUGCUAUUUACCGAACCAGGAAUACGGCGUUAUUCCCAUGUGACAAGCCUAUCUUUUUUCAACCGUAUCACGACAACAGUUGAAGACAACCCUUCUCGGAUCGUAAAAGACGCACUCCUUGGUAUGCCGACAUUGCGAUAACAGAGACGCGAUCCCUCAUUCACGGCUUCAGUAUUCCGCUUUGUGCAGCCUCACGACGCUCAAUCUACGGCUGGCUUGAUAUGUACUGAACCGUUCAGUGAUAACUAAAACCAUCAACGUCACCGUGGGCUAUACUCGCAACUCCGCUCUACCAGUUUUACUACGAUCACAAAUGACACGAAGUGUUAGUCGAAUUUACAAGAUAUUGCCUUGGGCAAUCUAGUACUGAACAAGCGGUGUCGCUCGUAAUACUUCACUCUGUCAAUCGGGAAAUUCUCUACGACCCCGAAGUCUGGAUGUGUCGACUACAGUAUGGUUACUUUGAUUACCAACAAACUAAAAAAUCAGUCCCUAGAAGAUCUACCCAGCGAGCCGCUUAAGAUGGUGACCAUUUCAAAUAGGAAACAAGAAUCCUACCUCACAGAGUCAGAGCGGGAUAUCAGCUAUCAAUUUAGCCAAGACAGACGGCAAGGGCUUGGACACAACAGAACAUGGAGUUACCCAUCACAUAAUCUAAGGCGACUAAGUGUUAGGGGAACCCGCUUGGAGUCAUUUGUCAUGCACGCUAGUGCAGCUACAACUUCUACAAGCCUACCACCCGCCAGUAAAAAACUUUGCCGUUCGCUUUCCGUACCAGCCGAAGAAACAGUAGAACUUCAAGAACAGGCUCAUUGGAUUCCGAGAGCCUCAAAUGUAUGGCAACCAGUAAAGGGAAUGAGCCGAAAGCGAACCGACAACAUACCAAAUAACGCUAAGCCAAGCCGGGUAGGACCACAAGUUGGGCUUUUACCCAGUCCGGCGGGUGUCACCCUCAUUUCUACUCCACCGGCUUCGCCCACUCCACGUCCUGCCUCUGCCUUCGCUGUACUCGACGAAGGAUCGACUAAAAACUAUAAUUGGAAUAUGGAUGCGUGCGUGCUUAAAACUCCUAAACGAGGAGCUAAAACGAAUGCGAAAGCAUUGGACAUUGUGUGCCCGAGGUUGCAGAGGAGUCGUUCGCAGCCUAGUUUCGAGCCGGCUCGGAGCUGUGGGAUCAAGCGACGAAUCGAAGACGAUUUCGAAACGGGAAACAAGCUAAGACCGGCGUUGGAUCUCGCCAAAAUGGAAGAGUCAUCUUACUUUCGGUGUAAGGACAAAAGACGGGGACUGAGGAUACCGAAAUACUCUAAUAAACGUGAAUCCAGAAGUGCAGGCUCGACAUACUUCACAGAACAAGAGAGAUUCAUCCUAAAGCCGAUUGCUUCUUCUCCCCUCGAUGCUAAAGUUUCCAGCGUGAUGAUAACACCAACGUCUUCCCCCACUAAACAGCUUGAAUCAGAGCCCGCAGCAUCAAUAUUAAAUGUCAGAAAAAAGAAUCUAGAAAACUGCAACACAGCAGACGAAGGGGUAUACCAUCUAGAUUAUAACUCAGAUUUAGACAUUGCCUCUAUCGAGGAAGACAAUUAGUUCUGUUAAAAAUAUAAAUAUUUGUAUAUGAAAAGACUUUUUACACGCGUACAUCAUAUUCGCAUCUAUAAUCACAACUGGUUAUUUAUUAUAUCGUAUUUAGGUUUCAAAGUAUCUUGUAUAAAAUGAGUGUUGUGUUUUAUGCGAAUCCGACUCUUGUAUAUUUUUGCAUAUAUUAUCGUUUUAAAAACACAUAACCAAUGUAUGGAAAGUCGAAAAAAAACUAUGCUAAAACACCCAUAAUCUUUCGAACUUGGCACAGUGUGUAACCGAUGAAAAUAUAACAAAUGAGAACUGUAAUCUAAUAAAAGGAAACAGUCAUUA